AUGGCUCAGCGGGUUCGUUUCACACAGCAAGAAGACCAAGAUCUGAUCACACUGGUAUGCACGCACGGAGAGCUCCAUAUCACAAAUAAUCAAUCAUGGGGACGCGUUGGAAAUGGAGCCUGGCGAGUCAUCGAGAAUGAAAUGCGAGCACUGGGGCAUGAUUACACACAGGUUCAACUACGAGGCCACUUCAACAAUACCAUUAUGCAGAACCAGCUUCUCCGACGCGAGGCCCUACUUCGAAAUACUGACCCAAACAAUCGAGUCUUCGAUGCCGAAGUUCAGGCCGAUCCUGCGUGGAGGAUAGCGAUGCUGGCCGGAAUUGAAAUCGGAGGUAUCACGACUAACAGAACCGACGGGGCAGACUUAAGGCGUUCCCCCAGUGUUGUCCACGCUGCAGUGCCUCCGCCGAGAGUCGGUGCAGCACCAUCACCUUCCCAGAGCAACGACCCUAGCAUCAAGGCAGAGUCGCCAGACUGGAACGGUGGAGCUUCGCUUCCCAACGCGAUCCCAGCUGCUGCUGGCCCCCAGGUCCAUAUCAACAACGUAAAUUCACCUGCUGCUGGCCCUCCCGGCGGCGCAGGAGGGCUUCUGCCAGGUAAUUUAUUGAAUAGGCUCCAGCAUCAGCGUCAUUUAUGGGACGUGGCAGUACCGCGGCCGCAGAUACAGCGUCUUGCAGGUGACCCCACCAACCCUAAUACAUGGCCAUUACCCGACCCGGUCGUUGCGCCUUAUGUCCUUGGCCAACAUCUAGGGAAUCGAUAUCAGCAAAUCCUGAACAUACUUACAAAUGCCGUCAAUGAGGGACGUGCAACAGGCGACAUGGCAAUGGCUGGGCAAAGAGUAAUGCCUUUGGUAAGGCAGAUGGACAUGAAUAUGUUGGACUUCCGAGGCAGGUCUACUUUGGGGGAGAACGCACUGCGACGCCUAGAGCAGCGGGUGCGGCUGCUCUAUCACGCGCUGGGAAUAAUUCCGAACAUGUUACGUGAUUCGUAUGCAUUUGAUGGCAUGGUUCACGACUGGUACGGUCCGGGCUUGCCACUGAGCCUGGUGGCAAUGUCGCGUGUACGUGUCCGCCCGGUUUCUCCCCUGCCGGACGUCGACCCGCAAGCCGUUAAUGUGCUAGAUGCCGGGAAUCAAAACAACCAGCCGGAUGAUCCGCACGGACUUUACAAUUGA